GUGUCGCGUGCUCGAUUGCACGGCGCACGCGACACUCUCCCUUACUUCUGCUCAAACACGCUGCGACUUUCGGAGGAUAUAGUGCUGAUAUGCUACACGCGCACAGAUUGGGGGCUCUCUUGCAAAGCUCGUAUACUUCUCUCGCGAACAUGGCGACGACUCCCUCGGCGGCCGGUUGAACUUCCUCAAGUUCGAGACAGCCCGGAUAGACACAUGCAUAGAAUUCAUGCGCAAGCUGGUCUCUGACCACAGAGACAACGGCACAAGCCCCAGCGACCUGUGCGUUAUGGCGACGGGUGGUGGUGCGUACAAGUACUACGACAAGAUCACAGAAGCGCUGGGCGUUGAAGUCAUCAGGGAAGACGAGAUGGAGAGUCUGAUCACAGGUCUUGACUUCUUCAUCAACGAGAUCCCCAACGAAGUGUUCACCUACAGCGAAGACCAACCCAUGGAAUUCGUCGCACACCCACCCGACCCACCGAACAUUUACCCCUACUUGCUCGUCAACAUUGGCUCCGGUGUGUCAAUGGUCAAGGUCUCAGGGCCCCAAAAGUUCGAACGUAUCGGCGGUACAUCGUUGGGAGGCGGAACUUUAUGGGGGCUGCUGUCCAUGCUGACGGGAGCCCGAAGCUUCGAUGAUAUGCUGCGACUAGCGGAGAAGGGCGACAACUCGACUGUCGAUCUACUGGUCGGCGACAUCUACGGCCAAGCGUACAACAAGAUUGGGCUGAAGAGCACACACAUUGCGUCAUCGUUCGGCAAGGUCUACAAAAAGAAGCGCGCAGCAGAACGAGACGCAGAGGAUGGGUGCAAUGGCGACCUCAAGCGCCGUGCAGAAGAAGAGCACGUCGAUGGCUCAUCAGAGAUGCAGCACUCGCCCAGUGGCUUCGCACCUGAGGAUAUCUCAAGGUCACUGCUAUAUGCUGUCUCGAACAACAUUGGUCAGAUUGCGUAUCUACAUGCUGAGAAGCAUGGCUUGGAGCGCAUAUACUUUGGUGGAUCUUUCAUUGGCGGCCACGCUCAAACGAUGAACACACUAUCAUACGCCAUCCGCUUCUGGUCCAAGGGGACCAAGCAGGCAUACUUCCUCAGGCAUGAAGGGUAUCUGGGCAGUGUGGGUGCGUUCUUGAAGAGACAACCAAGGAACUGGGGGAGAAGAGAAAGUUUCCAAGGCAUAAGGUCUACUGCUUGAUUGUGAGAGUCAGCAUAUAGAGGAGUUAUAAUACGGAAAAUCUUGAGAACAAUGUUGUAUAUUUCAAUAGUAUUCGUGAACGGGGCGGCUCUUUUCGCGAUUCAAAAACUGGAUCAUGGGUACCAUCAGACUUCGAGCCCCCAAUACUGACUCUGGGACUCCGCGCUGCGUAUGCGGGGAUCUUGAGACAUCGGUUUCUAGAAACUUGAAUUACGUUCGAAUGUCAGCAGCAACAUGGAAUCAUAAGGUA